AUGUAUGCUUGUGCGGCCAAGGUGCUGUGUGCCUGGAGGACGUGGCUUAAAAACGGCGUAGAGUUACCUGUCAGCCGACACGGUCAGUCGACCCGACCCCACGGCGCACGCGGCAUAAAAACGCCGCCGCCGCCGCCGCCGCCGCAUAGAAGCCGAUCCGUCAGUCAAGACAAGUGCGGUCGCGGACGGGCGGCGGCCGAGGCUCGGCUAGACGAGGCAAUGCUACAGCCGGGCUUGUCCUACUGUUUCUGCGGCCCUCAUUGA